AUGCCAGAACAAAGCAAUGAUUACAGGGUGGUUGUGUUUGGAGCUGCAGGGGUUGGUAAAAGCUCUUUGGUCCUUCGUUUUGUAAGGGGAACUUUCAGGGAAACCUACAUCCCUACCAUUGAGGACACUUACAGACAGGUGAUCAGCUGUGAUAAGAACAUCUGCACCCUUCAGAUUACAGAUACCACUGGCAGCCAUCAGUUCCCUGCUAUGCAGAGGUUGUCUAUCUCCAAAGGUCAUGCUUUCAUCUUGGUGUACUCGGUCACCAGCAGGCAGUCCAUGGAAGAACUUCAGCCAAUCUAUGAUCAGAUUUGUCAAAUCAAAGGGGAUAUCCAAAAGAUUCCAAUAAUGUUGGUUGGUAACAAGAGUGAUGAGACCCAGAGGGAACUGGAUGCCAGUGAAGGGGAAGCCUUAGCCAGCAAGUGGAAGUGUUCCUUCAUGGAGACAUCAGCUAAAAUGAACUACAAUGUACAGGAGCUCUUCCAAGAACUCUUGAAUCUGGAGAAGAGAAGAACUGUCAGUCUCCAGGUGGAUGGGAAGAAAUCCAAGCAGCAGAAAAAGAAGGAUAAACUGAAAGGCAAGUGUUCUGUUAUGUGA